AUGGGCCAACUGGGCGAUAUCUCGCCCCAAGGCACCAUCGCUAUUGGAGUCAUUGUUGGCCUCCUGUCGACCUCGAUCCAGAGCCUGGGCCUGACCCUCCAGCGACAGUCCCACAUUAUUGAAGAUGACAAGCCUCACACGGAGCCUCGGACUCCUCCCUACAAGAGACGGAGAUGGCAGCUAGGCAUGCUGAUGUUUUUGGUCUCCAACGUGGUCGGCAGCACCAUCCAAAUCACGACCCUCCCUCUCCCAGUCCUUUCGACCCUGCAAGCUUCGGGCCUUGUCUUCAAUACCGCGUUUGCGACGCUGCUGCUGGGUGAACCCUUCACUCGGUUCUCUUUGAUCGGAACACUUCUGACAUGUUCGGGGGCCGCGCUGAUCGCUGCAUUUGGAGCAAUUGGCGAGCCGGCGCAUAACCUGCGGCAGUUGCUACAUCUGCUCGGACAGAGAGACUUCAUCAUGUGGAUGGUUGCCACAAUGCUCGUGGUGAUUGCAACAAUACUGUUCGCUCAUGUCCUCAAGAUUUGGUCCUCGCACAAGCGCAUUGCAGAGAACCUGGCAAAGACCGAAAGGCCAAGAUCGCGGGCUGGAUCAGUAUCGACGGAUCGCCAACGAACCCUGUCCCGCUCCUUCACCGCUCAGCUUCCUCACCCUUUGAGAAUCCGGGUCAACCGGCUUCGAUUGACUCGCGGUCUCUCCUACGCCCUGAUAUCUGGCAUCUUGUCUGCUCAUUCGCUCCUGGUCGCCAAAUCAGCGGUUGAAUUGAUCGUCCGGACCAUUGUCGAUCAUAAAAACCAGUUCGACCGUUUCCAGUCGUGGCUGAUCCUGGUUGCGCUACUGUUUUUUGCACUGACGCAGUUGUACUACUUGCACCUCGGUCUACGCCUCUGCAGCACCAGCGUACUAUACCCCUUUGUGUUCUGCAUUUACAACAUCAUUGCAAUUCUAGACGGUUUGAUAUAUUUCCAGCAAGGGUCGAGGUUAAGCUCUCGGGAUGCCGGCCUGGUGGCGUUGGGUACCGCAAUCCUCCUUACUGGUGUCUUAGCGUUGUCUUGGAGAUUGGAUGAUACCACUCCGGAAGAAGCUGCUCAUCAGUCACCUGCGCCUCCCCAGACCCCGCUUGUACCAGGAAUGGGGAUAUUGCGGUCACCCGUGGACGAACGAGCUCCGCUACUUCCCGCAAGGAAGCGGAGAAGCUCCAGUGCUGCUUCGCAAGAUUCCAACGACCAAGAAAGACCUUUGCUUGUUGGCCGCACCCGUACGAUGCCAUCGACGCUGCCAGUUCACGUGGGCCCGGACACUGACACCGAAGGUAUCUGGGCCGAACUGGACGACGAGGACCGUCAUGGAGACUAUCUCGCGUCGCUUCCUCGGACGCCUUCGCCAUUCCUGACUCAGAACUCCAAAAGACGCCGGAGAGGUGACUCUGGCCUUUCACAAGCGGUCUCGACGGGAAGUCGACGCAGCUCAGACAGUGCCGGAAAUACGGUUCUGAAGAACGAGAGCGGGUCAACCGAGGAGCCAGAUGACGCUUACCGAAGGCGCAGUGGUGCACCCCAGGGAACGGUGGUGGCAGAAGCUGUGGACAAAACAGAUGGUCGUCGUCCAAGGACGCGCCAUAGGAGUACAUCCGUCCGCUUCGCCGACCAACGUCCCAGUCCGGUGGAACAACCUCAACCGCAACCGCUCCGGAGUCGAUAUGACCAUGACGGCACAGGCGAGGAUGUAACCAAGGAGAAUAUCGCAUAG